CUUGUCAAGUUGGACAGAAAACGUAAAUAUUAAAAAUGUAAACAAUUACGUAUAUUUACUAUUAAAAAAUUAAAGUAAUAUAAUCAAAAUAUGAAUUCUAGUGUUGUAACAGAAGCGAAUGAUCCACAUUUAAUUUGGCAAGAUUUAUACAUGAAGGGUGAUGAUUUACAAAAAAUGAGCGUCAUACAAGCAUUACCAAGUUUAUUACAAUCGGAUAACAAUGGAACCAUUACUAGAAUUCUUCCAAAAAUUCAACAAGAACUGCCAACUUCGUCUUCCGAAUUUCACCUCGUUACAAGUAAAAUUUUUAGAAAUCUCAUUCAGAUGAAUUUAUCUGUAAAUUUACUGCGACCUGUGUUACAAGGAAUUGAAAGUAAAGACCCUUUGGUAUCUAACGCUUGGAUUGAAACUUUGCUAUCAGUUAUAUUGAAUUUAUCUGACACGUCUAUAAAGAGGGAGGUGUUACCUUUUGCAGUUACAAUGUCGCAGUUAAAUAAGUCGGCAAGUUACAGAAUUGCAAGCUGUAAAAUGUUGGGACAGAUAGCUAUUCAUCCUCGAUUGAGUGCAUUUGACGUUAAAAAAGAUAUUCUACCGAUAGCACAAGGACUGUGUCAAGAUUGCUACCAUGAAGUGAGGACAGCAAUGUGUUAUGAACUUUCAAAUAUCGCUAAAGGCCUUGGAAGUGAUAACUUGGUAAAAUCGAGCUUAUUGCCUAGCCUCGUAGAACUGUCUUCCGAUGAAAAUGUGUCGGUCAGGGCGGCUUCGGUGGAUGCUGCAGUUUUAGUAAUUCCAUAUUUAAAUCAAGACACUAUAAAGCAAACCAUCAUUCCACUAAUAAAACAGCUGUGUGGUGCUAGUUUGAAAUCGUCAGAUUUAACGUUUUCCGCUAUAGCAAGAGUAUACGGGAUGUUAUUGAAUAAUCUACAGAACCAUGUGACACCCAGCGAAAGCCAGUGGUUUUUGAACUAUUUCAUGCAGCUUUCCAAGAAAGGCCUUUCCAACACUCCGGAAGAGCUAGAACUUGAUCCUGGACUGGACGUAACAUGCAGAGAACAGUGUGCUUAUAACUUGCCCGCCGUUACCAACUUCAUGGUCACCAAAAUUGUCGCGGAAAUGAACACUUGGUACCAAGUCUUCAAAUCCCUUGCUGCGGAUCCCUGUUAUCUGGUGAGGAAAACUGUCGCCGGGGGUAUACACGAAGUCGCUAAGAUUCUGGGCAACGACUGCAAGAUCAUAAUGAUGGACUUUGUUAAACUGCUGCGCGACGAUUCCGAAGAAGUGCUAGAUUCUCUAGUGCCCAACGUCGCGACUACCCUCGAGUGCCUGUGCGGGGCAGGCGUCUUAUCGAGGGAGGCCGUAGCGCCUGGUACUUUAGAGAUCAGCCGGGCCUUACUAAAAUGUCAGGCCGAUAUAUUCAGAUACCACAACUGGAGGAGAAAGAUGACCUUCUUGCAGCAGCUAGAGUGUCUGCCCAACGUCAUCGAGUCGGACUUUAUCCACCAGCAUUUCACCUCGGUUAUUUUGAAGUUGACUAUAAACGCAAGGGCCCGUCCGGUGCGUUCACAAGCGUCUAGAACGAUUUUGGUGCUGCUUCGUUAUAACCUGAAGGAGAACCACAGGAAGUGGAUCCGCGAGAAAUUAAUCAGCCUGCUGUAUAACUCCCCGUGUUGCUAUACGAGGCAUAUAUUCAUCAAUAUGUGCAUCCAUGCCAUCGAAAUAUUCAGCAACAAGUACUUCAAAGAACAUUUCUUCCUACCUCUUGUGAAACUUAUAGAGGAUCCGGUGUCGACCAUUCGACUCAGCGUGGUAAAUAUUUCGCCUAUGUUGAAGCGUAUGUGCCUUUCUGCCGUGGACCGCAACUAUCAAGUCAAGCUGGAGAGCGCCCUGGCCAAGAUCGAAGUCGUUGAAUCCGAUAAGGAUGUGAUAAUGUGCGUGAAGGCGAAAUUGAAAGAAAUGAGGGUUCCUCAGAUCAGCAAGCCGGAUGUACUGAUGGAAGAGAAGCGGAGGACCGAAGAAGAGGAUAGAAUUAUGCAGGGGAAGUUGCCUCCUCCAAAAUUCACCUAUGCAUCAGCCACCCACCCCCUCAAAGAUCCCGGGAAGCCCCUGGUGGUGUCCAAAUCAGCUACCAUUACUACGAAGCGAAUAUCCGCGUCCUCGCCUGCGACUACUAGCGAAAUGAGCUUUUUAGGUCAUCACUUCUAUAUAGAUGCCGGAGUAGCUUUACCGGAAAAAAUCAACGAGGAUCACGUGACCGUCGAAGACAAGAUGAAAUCCCUGGAAUUGGACAUUCCCCGUCAAGCAGAACGCUUCUCCGGAUCGGUUAAGGACGAAAUAGGGGUACCUACUGUAUCCUUAGAAAAUACGAACGUGGAAAACAUGUCCGACGACGACCUGAAAGAACUGGAAACGUCCACGACUAACAUCACCGACGACGUGAAGGCCAACAUCCAAAAGAAAAGCCUGUCCAACCUAACACCCACGGAUCCCGUGAAAAAGAGAACGAAGAGAUAUUCCAGCGUUUUCCCUACAGACCAACAAACCACCAACAACAUAUUCCUCAAACGCAGAAGUCUCAACAUAGGACUGUCGGAACUAAGUAAAAUUCCAGUCAGCUCCAAGUACGUCUGGAAAUCCGAUGAGAAGACGAACUUGAAACGCAGCAAAUCAAGCAGCAUACAGAGCUUCUAUUCCAGUUCGAGUAAAACUAGCGGUCUCGAAAGAAAAAGCAACAUUUCAAGACUGAAGUGGCCGCUGAACGCCGAGGGGGGCGUUGCGAGUUGUAGCGUUGGAAAUGUGGAAAAAUUCGUCGAUAAUGGUAAUGUGGCAGUCGACCAUAACGACAGUUACGAAAUGGAGAAUAUAGGGGACGGCGGUGGAGUGGAGGUCAAGGAAAAUGUACCUCUAACGAGCGAUGGUGUUAGAGUUAAUGUGCCAAAUAGGUGUAAUAGGGAUAAUGUAGCCAAAGUGUCUAAUUUACCAGUAUUAGUAAGGCGAACCCAGUCCGAAGUGAGAAAAUAACAGUUAUAAAAGUCGAGAAAUAUUUUUAUAUUUUCAUGUUUCCGAUUUAUUUAUAUAUUUUGUAUUUAUUGACAUUGUUAAUUUUAUAUA